CAUAACUCACCUACCAGUGCGACAAGGACAAACAGCGUUAGGAUGUCUCCGAAUAGACUUUAGGCUGCGAUCCAGGCUCAAAACGCCAUUUCGGGAAGUUUGCAAAGAUAAAUAAAUUUUUAGGUGUCCAGCGGUGUGGAGUUGGUUUGACACUUACUGCAGUGUCAGGCUCAUUGCAAGUAAUCAAUGAGCCAAAAACCAAGGAUGCAGGGAAUAAUGAAAUUUGGUGAUAGGAGCAACAACGACUGGAGAUGUUGCUUCUGCUUCCACGUUCGGACUGGGACAAUUUUGUUGGGGGUGUGGCACUUGAUGUUGCACAUCGUUGCGCUAUCAGCUGUGACUGUUAUAUUAAGAAACACCGAUCUCUACAAAGAAUGGGAUGAGCAACAAAUCAGCGUCCUGCCUACUCCCUUGAGUGAAAUUGACACACCCCCUUGGAUUCGUCUUGAUGGAAUCAGCACUGACACUGACUUCCGUAAUAGCCAUGAGCCAGUAGCCAUGCCAUCAGUUCCUUUUAAGGAUCCUGAUGGUACGCCUUACUUGAACUACCACCGUACCUACAACUAUCGUAAAACUCUGAAGGAUAUGAAUGUGAUUGUGGUAAUGAUGUUCUGCUCAUUCACUAUUACUCUGCUCAUGGUAUAUGGGGCAGUCAAGGGAAAACCAUCUUACCUCAUGCCAUUUUUCUGUUUGCAAAUGUUUGAUUUCUGUCUGACAAGCUUGACUGCUGUUGGUUACCUAUGCUAUUUGCCAAACAUGCACCGGUAUUUGGCUGAGAGUCCCACGGUUCCAUUCCGUGAUCAGCUGCUGCGUCUCGAUCCACAGGUUCUUUCUCUUCUCGUCCUUGGUGCUUUUACUGUUGUAAUGCUCAUCAAGUCGUACUUCAUUGGCAUUGUUUGGAGCUAUUACAAAUUCCUGACCCUGCGCAUGGUUGCCCAUCGCCGCACUGUGCACUAUAUUGAAUCUGAGAUAGCCACUAUGUCACUUUCUGAAUCCCUCCUUGGAACCAUGCCCACAACUGUUGAUCUGCCUGACUACGAAACUGCUGUGAAGAAGUUCUCUCCUCCUCCACCGUCAUAUGCCUGUGCUACAGCCAUGGCCCAAGAGAAUAUUGCAUCGCUCCCUCCAGUUGAAUCUGCUUCUGAUUCCUUGGCACUGCAGAUUGUACCGCAGGCUCCAGCAAUCUCUGAAACAUCUACACAAUCUUCUGCUUCUACAUCUCCUGCUCCUGACCUGGUCUCAAGGAAUGUUUAAAUUUCUAUGAAACUUGCAGUUAUUUAGUAGGACAGCUGCAGUCAAAUGCAAUAUAUCAGAGAGAGCCCUUUUCAGUCAAAUUUUAUGUACAUCCUGGCUUAUACUGUAUGUUGCUUUGUGCUCUUGUGAAUGUCUUCAAGUGGCUUUUUAGCAGUGAUAACCAAAUUGAAUCUAGAUUGUAUUGGCUUUUACUUUCUUAUCAAAGGUAAUUUUCUCUUUUUAACAGUUAUAUCUAGAAUCAGCAUUAUAUAUUUUAUUUCUCUAAAUUAGACAUCUGAUAAUAUGAGUAAUUACCGUAUACAUCUCAAACUUAAAUAUAGCUUUCAUCAAUUGUUAAAGUUUAGUGUGUUUUGUUUUCCCAUAUCUAUCUAUCAAGUUUAGUUUAAUGGGAUACUUAAAAGAGCCUACUUAUUGCCUCAUCUUCUUGCAUUGGAGAGGUUGCUCUAGAACUGUGGCCGUAGCAAAGUUAUCAGGAAGUAUGUGUAGAAGCACUGAAUGCAAGAUUCAUAUUCACAAUACUUACAGAUAAAUUCGAAAAGGUAGAAAAAAAAAGACAUUUCUUAUGGUCUUAAAAAAAUUUCAUUUCUAUUUUCUAGAGUGUUGAUUUAUUCCAGGUAUUAACUGUAUCUAGCGUGGUUCCAUUUACUGUUGCAUUUCAAAUGCAGUGAACACUGUGAGAUUUGGGGAAUAUCAAGACAAAAAUCAAACUCAUGAAGAGUGCUGAAUCUGCCUUUAAUGUUUCAGAAGGUAUAAGAUUUUUUUCUAUUUUUUUAUGUUCAGGUUGUAAGUUGAAAGGAUAGGACUGCUAACUUGAUGGUGUAAAGUUAUGUACGUACGGCUGUUUCAGUAGGGUGCAGUCUCAAUGAGUUGUUUUACGGUCCAAGGUUGCUGGAGUUUUAGUUUUCCUAUUUUGUGUGAGCAAAAUAGUUUUUUUUUUUUUUAAUCUAUAUAUCUAUUAAGUAAUUUCUGUAUGUAUUAUAAUAAUUGCAUCCAUCAGGUAAAGUUUUUGGCACUGCAGCCAUAGAUGUUCAUCUUGCACAUUAUUAUCAAUCAAUCAAUUUUAAUCAAUUUCAGGCCAGGGAUUUGACUGGAACUUCCUGUGUGGUAUUUGAUCAUUUCUCACACUCUUAUAGUGGUGAAGUGUGUUGAUUUGGCCUAUUUGAUACUAUCUUGAGUGAAAGUUAGUGUUAUGUUGUGAUAAUAAUGCCACAGGAUUUUUCAGGAAUCAUGUGACUUUGCCAUCAUGAUUAACUUCCAAAGAGAUUUAGUUAAAUGCACAUGUUUUAAGACUGUUGUUCCUUAAAUAUAAAUCUAUCUUUUUUUUUUUCUUAACUGAUUGUUUUAUGUUUAGAAUUUCUGGGAGAUAGUACAGUUGUAUAGCAUAUUUUAUGUGCUUCCUUUACUGUAUGUGCAUUAAUGUCUCAUCUCCUUAAAAUGUAUAUAUCUCAACAUGCACAUGUUGAAACGUAUUGAUUAAUUGUAUUAAGUUUCUUCUGGUGUGGUUUGUGAUACUCUCUUGGCUAUGUGAUGUAGAAUAGCAUAUAUUUUGUCCCAUUGCGGGAUUCAAACAGCGUGUUUUUUCUUUUCGUUUUUUUUUUUUUUCAUCAGGAGCUGGUGGCUCUAUUGUUUGAAUGGCAUUAAAUAUUCUUUCAAAACUGACCAUACUGGAUGGCCACUCAUGUACUCUAGUAUCUCUCUUAAAGUAUGUAGUGUCCUCUUUGUUUCAGAAAGAAAGGAAAGCAGUGAUUAUAGUGUAAUAUAUCCCUUGAAAUACCCUUUAAUUAGUUCUACCAUUAAUCGAGUUUUGGAAAUAUGUGCCGCCUAUGAAUACAUUUUAUCAAGAUUUUAUCUUGUAUAGAUAGCCUUCAACAUUGUUGGUAGCUCUUUGGGAGUCAAUAAUAAAGCUACUAAUCAAGGAAUUAAA